AUGUCAGUAUGCCCCCCCACUCAAUCCGAGGCUUCUUCCUUUGUGGACCCUGGUCGCCUCCGGUGUGCCACGUAUAACAUUGGGGGACUCAGUCAGGAUGCGUAUGCGGAACUGAUGCACUUUCUUGCGGAACAACACCCCACUGUCCGACCUCACGUGAUUUUCUUGCAAGAAACGCAUUGGCGAACACCUUCCGACUACUCUACUGACCAGUGGCACGUCGUAUCCACACCGGCCGAACCUGCGGCUUCCGGUGGUGUUGCCAUAUUGAUUUCUGUCGAUCUCUGCGAUGCAAAUUCCAUCCUCACGGCCUCACCCAUAUCAGGUCGGCUACUCCACGCCCGCGUCCAGCUAGGCUCUGCAUGCCAGCUUGAUCUGAUCAACCUUUAUCAGAAAGUUUGGACUACAAGCUUGACCCGAGGCAAAGAUCCGCAGACCCACGACUCGCGUCAACUUCGACGUACUGUUUGGCGAUCCUGGCGCCAGCUCCUUGGAAGCCUCCCACGGCGGAGCCUUUGGAUUGUAGCUGGGGAUUUUAAUACCAACCUCCAACCCAAUGCACGACUGGUUGGUGCUAGAGCUGCUCCCUUCAUGAAGAGAUCACAGCCAGACUCUAAAGAAAUGAUGGAUGUCGUCCAAGACCUCAGGCUGUUACACCUCAAUUCGUGGACCAGGCGAGCUAGGGCGACGUUUCGGUCGCCUCAGGGAAACACCCUCAUUGAUCAUGUAUUUUUGCGGCAAGACCAGAGUGACACCGAAGCUCGGCAGGCUGGUCCCGUGGACUGGCCCCUCACGCGUUGGCGAAGUGGCGGCAGGCAUUGGCCAGUUCUCUUCAGUGUCCCGAUCCCUACAAGACAUUACACAACAAGGCGAACUCAGCCUCAGUCUUCCAUCGAUAAAGCGGAGCUCCUCAGGGUCUGUCGCUCAGAUGUGGACCCCAGGGCACUGGCCUUCCGACAGGAUGUACGGAACUGGCUUGCUGCUAAUCCCUGUCGCACCAUCUCUGAAGUCAAUCAGUACCUGCAUGAUGUGUCCACUCGAUUCUUCCCCUCUACCAAGCCAACCGCCAAGACAGGUGCCUGGCAGCACCCCACCGUCUCUUUAUCUGUUCGACAAAUGUGGGCCGCCUACAAGGACUGGAAGAACCCCCCACCAGGCCGGCAACGACUCUUUUCUGCCUGGCGAGCCUAUAGCCAGUUCAAGCGAGCACACCGCGAAUUCAGGCGAGCCACGCGGGCUGCCAAGACGGCGCAGAUGCAGGCACUUACACAGAGUAUGCAAGAGGCCACAGACAAAGGAGACGUUAGGGCCCUAUUCCGUCUUGCCGCCAGUCUCUCUCCGCAGAAACGGCGCCCGCGCCUUCAACUGCGAGGGCCCCAGGGCGAGCUCUGGACGCCCCAGCAACAACUGGAUUGCUUGAGACAACACUAUGAGGCACUGUAUGCCUCUCCGGACACCACUGACACCACGAUCUCCUCCACUGGUCCGCCUCUACCUACGACAUCUCCCACCAUUUCCUUCCCUGACUUUACUGUCACCGAUGUUCUUGAAGGCUUGCUGAAGCUACCGCCACAUAAGGCUGCACCUCCAGGCAAGGCGACAAGCAGUUCUUGGGUCUUAUGUGCUCGAGAGCUCGCACCAUGGUUACAUCACAAAAUUUCACAUCUUGACCAGGUGCCAUCCGACUGGCGCGAUGCUUGGAUGAGCUUGCUACCGAAGGUGACACAUCCCAUGAAACCAAAGGACCUGCGCCCACUCGGCAUCACUGAAAUUUCUGGACGUGUUGCUGCCGGCCUGGUCCAAAAAGAGCUCCGACCUUACUUGGUCGAACUCCUGGCAGCGGAACCGCAGUUCGCAUAUGCACCAGGAAGAUCCACAGACGCUGCUUUGUCACGCGUCUUUGCACAUUGUGAGAAGGUCAUUGAAAUGUGCACCCCUGCACCCUACAACAUCCUCGACUCUCGCUUCGCGCCUGCAGCCAAGCCCUUGGCAUCAGGAGGAGGCCUACAACUGAGCUUAGACCUAUCGAACGCCUUUGAUGUGUUACCUUGGGCCUUGAUUGAUAGGGCAUUACGGCUAGCCAAAGUCCCGACAUCAGUCCGCGAGUUGGUGAUCUGUUGGCACAAAGGUCUCACCUACCACCUGACGAUACAGGGGAUGAAGGCGAGAAUCCCAGCAGGGCGCGGAUUACGGCAGGGCUGCAGAAUCUCUCCAUUAGUGUGGAGCAUGGCCACAAUUGUGCUGCUGCAUGAAUUGGGUGACCGCAUAGGAGAUCACCAUUGGGUCCGAGCUAUGAUCACCGCUUUCGCGGAUGAUAUCCAUGGUGGUGAGUUGAUUACAACCACUGCACAACUUGACAAACUCCUUAUCAAUUUGGGACACCUGCUUGAUGUGCUGAUGGAUGCUGAACUUAACAUCAAUACCCUGAAGUCAGCCUUCUUGUUGCGGUUCACCAAAGGUUUUGCUGCAACGUGGAAAAGACGUCAUGUUCGGCAGACCAAGGAGGGCCUACUCCUGACUCUACGGACACCAGCAGGACGUCAAUUUCACAUUCCAGUGAAAGAUGAGCACAAAUACUUAGGCCUCAUUAUCUCCUAUCAACAGCCAGCGGCAAGCUCCAUCACACACCGCAUACAAGCCGCCUGGACUGCAUACGGACACCUUCGGCCACUUCUCACGUGUGCAAAUGCCCCCAGAUUGAGCCUCCGGCUCAAGCUCUGGGCAGCCUGUAUACCCGCUGUUUUAACCUAUGGCCUACAUGUGUUGAAUCUGACGGAAAGGCAAAUUAAUCAGCUCCAGGCUGUCGCUACCAGACAGCUCCGUGCAGUCGCCAAAGCCCCCUCACAUCUCACACAUGAAACCACUGAGGCGCUCUACGCGCGUCUCAAGGUUAAACCUAUGCGCGACGUUCUGCAGCAGUCUCAAGCAAGGCUACUUGCCAACUUGCAGCAGCUACAAUGUGGAGGAGCGAUACAGCCAGACACCGUGAACUGGUUAGCUUCGAUCGCUUGCAACAUUCCACAGCGGGACUUCCCAUAUGUCGGCUAUGCCAAAAACGCUUUUCCAGGUGGACUGGUCUCCGUGCUCACAUUGAACAAGGAUGGUCCGGCUGAUGCCUUGCCAACUGUUCCGAGUGACACAAGUGCACUCACCACCACGGUGCAGACUGUUGCACCGCCUGACGACUCACCAGACAUCGCACAGCUGAAGCUCAUGAUCCACAGUGGCAAAAGCGCAUUGGUCGUUAUGCAGGACCCUGCGCUACGUGAUGAGGUUCGAGUCAUGACCCUGCCAGCCACGGGCAACAUGGCGGCGACACCCCAGCCACAGCCGGAGGCCUCGAUCAAUGCCAAAAAUCAGGAGCUGGAGAUGUUUGGCCACCUCUUCAACAGCUUCAGCAACACGGCAACGAGCGGCCAGGCUGCGCAGAAACGCCCACGACCCGAACAGAGGGAUGCUGUCAUGACUCCAGUGCCCGACGAAGCCUCCCUUCCUCGAUCGACGGCCACACCGACAUCAGUCCCCAAGGGCAAAGGCAAGGUCAAGGGGCAGGGCAAGCAUGCAGGCAAGAACAAGGGCAAGGGCAAAGGCAAGAGCAAGGGACCACAGUCCUCUACCGAGGUGACAAAUCGCACGGAUCCCUGGACUCUGGAUACAUGGACCGAUCCGGACUCGUGGAGCAUGAGCGGAUGGUCCGGACCGAGCCUGACCACAGCGGAGUCUUCCAGCACCCUGUUGAUGCAGGUUGCCCGAAUGACAUUGCGGCACGAGCAGCAACUUCAUAUCCUCCAACAGGACACUCGCCUCUUCCUGUAUCUCAAACCGAACCAGGAGUACUCCGUGCUACCGAUGAUGUUGCAGCUCGCGACGGAAUGGAGACAGACGAUGGAAACCACUCCGACAAAGCUCACGAUGUCACUACGGGAGAUUAUGAUCCGGGGUCUGCUCAAGGAGUGGAAAACCCGCCUUCAGGCCUUCCAGAAGAGCGAGGAGACCAAGAUCACAGGACAACGCCUGCAGUGGUUAGACAGCCUGGGGCAUUGGAACUACAUGCAUUGGUGCCCAAUCAAGCAGGAACUAGUUCUGACGGAGCGCCAGGAAUCCAGGUCCACCGAAGAGAUCCUGACCAUGAUCCAGGAGAUGGAAGAGCUGAUCACGGGAGACUCCAUUAAGAACUUCAAGUCCAUGAGACAGCUUCGCGAGUCGUACCAAACGGACUGGGUGCAGUUCCUGGUGGAAGUUCAACUACGCGGACCAGGCGACAAAUUGUGGACUAUUUUCAACGAUCUCAUCGGCAGUGCAGCGCUCCACCUUCUUGCCGCCCGACUCCGGCGGAACCGCUAUCCGUACUCGGGCCUAGCCCAGAGCAUCCAGGCCCAGGUCUGGUGA